AUGAAGAUCGAGGGUGUGCCCCGAGGAGCAAAAAAAUACUCCCCCGACUCCCCCCACCUCCGGGAAGAAUUGGCCAUCAGUGGCCCACGCCGACGGGGUCCGGAGUCGCGGCCGGGGAGCGUGGCCGUGGCGGUGGCCGGGGACCGUGCGCGAGCGCCGUCCGCGGCCGGCAGGGGGCGCUGUCGCGACUGCGAGCCCGGUCCUGGGCGGCCUCCGCCUCCCGCCCCAGGCUCGGUCCCGGGGACCCCCACCUGCCCUACAAGUCACCACUCACCCUCACUCCAGCCAGGGACAGAAGAGUCCCCGGGCCACCGCAGGAGCAGUGAGGCCUCCCGGGAAGCCACCUCUGAUCCGCACCGGCGGAUUUAUGGAGCCAGAGAAAGUGUCUGGAUGGGCCACAAUUUAUAUAUCCGCACACCUGCUGAAGCAUAUCGUGGUUGCUCCCAGGAUUUGGCAAUUAUGAAUAAAACUGCCCUAAACAUCCACAGGCAAGUUUUGUGUGCACGUCCAUUUUCAACUUCUGGAAAAAUGCCAAGGAGCUUAAUCACUGAACCACACGGUAGAGAAAACAGACGCCGGCUCGCCAGAAGGCUCCCUCAUGCUUUGAGCCAGGAUCCUCCCGGAGCUGACCGUUGUUCUGACGUCAUCGCCACAGACUCCUGUAGUCUGUUCACCUUUUCUCCCCAACUGGAAGGCUCCAAAGUAACAACCAUCUCCAACUGGCAACCAGACUUCUGCCUGGGAGCAGAAAGCACAGCUGUCCUGAUGGACCAGGGCUCGGAAGCAGUGACCCUCGAGAGACAGCGGGCUUUAGCUGACAGGAACCUGCCAUGUCAUAGAACGCUCUGGAGGCCUGAAGAGGUUGACACAGAUACCCCUGGGGAAUUAGCAGGACCUUGAAUAAGCUUGUCUGCCAAACAUGCCUUGUUUUCUAGGCCCCCAGGAGUACCUGGCUUUUUCUGUCUUCUCGUUUGAUGCUAAAGAAACCAGCCAUUAUUUCACGCUGGAAAGGAAACAUUCCACUUGCCUUCUCCUCCUCCUCUCCUGCCCCCUUUUUGCUGAGAAUAUGAAGACUCUCCACACAGUCAUCACAGUAAAAGCAGUCCUUAAUCUUCCUAACGAUAACAAGAAUAAGGAACAUCAAAGUAAGCAGCUAUCUUAGUCAUUAGGGUAUUAAACUGUACUCGGCCUGGAUAGGCUGAGAAACCAGGACUCUCGUGUUUUGAUGACGAUACCAAAGCCUAAUUUCUAGGCAGCUGCUAGAUCACCAGAUUCCGAGCACCCAUGUAGAAUAUUAUCAUUUCCCAGACCAGCAGGGCCCAUGUCUCUGCUCUAGUAAGAGUCUUAGGUUACUUUAAAAAAAAUUCAUUGUUAGGAUACCCGUGACAGGUGAGAACUGGCGCGGGUCACUGUCUGGACCUGAGGGCUCUGCGCGCUGGCCAGCAGGGCCCUGCUCUCUGGGCACCUCUGCUUCUCCCUGGACACCCUCUGCUGGGUGCUUCUCUGUCCCCCGCCAGCUUCGUCCACCUGCUCACAGACCUGCUCCCUCCACACCUCUACACCUCAAGUCUCUGAUUCGCCUUCAUCACCGACCGCCUCUUAGCUCUGAUAUCCAAGAGCGAAGCGGACUGGCCAUCCCAUCUGCUAAGGCAGUCCUUGGGUAGGGCCCCUUCGGUUCUGAUCCGCUGUGGAAAGUGUCUUAGAGAGUCCAACACUGGAUAAAAGCAGGGACAGCUUGCUUCUCCUAGGAAAGGUGAGCGUCUAAGAGACCGCAUAACAUGUCUCCCAGGGCAGAAUUUCCAAUGCACGCUUUACUCAUCCAAAGCCAUGGCUAGUUAUGGCCCCAGGAGCAGUAGGGCAGGGCCAGCUCUGAAACUACUUGCUCAUCACGGAGUCACUUCUGCCCCUGGUUAUGGCGAUGCUCCUUCUAGAUAUUUUUCUCCAUUCUGCAGUCCACUUACUAGCUGGUUACUGUAGGCACAGCUGCUAUAGAUUCCAAAGGACACCGGCAAGAAAGGUCUCAUUGCCCGGGCAUGGAGAGCCUCCUUCUGCGCUUACCUCCUGGACCCACACGUUCCAGCAAUGGCCGGGGCAGCCGCAUCACAGCGACCUGUCCCCAGUCUGGCACUGAGUCUGCAGACACCAUCCUCGCCUCCCGCCUCCCGGUGUUGGACCUCCACUCUUAGAUUAACCACCUCACUCCACACUGCAGUGACUUCUAGCUGCUUCCACGUGGCUUCUGGAGCUUCUGCGUGCUGGACGCUUAUGCAGCGUUUCAGCCGGUCCUGCAUCCCAGGGGGGACUACCCAGCUUCCCGGCUCUGUUCUCAGUGCUCAGGAUUAACUGAGGGAUCAAGAAUCCUUGCAGCGCUUGUUUGAGUGAGACGUGCCCCCUUUUUAUUAGGCUGGGGGUUUUAAUGAUGCUGUGGGCCCCACAGAACCUCCAUUUCCUGCUCUGGGGCCUUCGGGCAGAUAGAGGAGGGAUUUUGGAUCUCCAUGGGUUCGGGUCACCACAUCCUUUGGAAUGUGUGUUUUCCACAGCAGCUCUCAGCAGCUACAGUUGGGCCCAAAAGACCACAGUCCCAAAGCCUCGGUGCCUACUGAUCCCCCUGGGGCAGGCCUCCCUGUGCUGGUGGCCGGCAGGGGGCGGGGGAGCACUAGAGCCUCGCGUUUGAGCGCUUUUCCUCCUGGAUCUGAUUUUGACCUUGUUGCCUGACUGGAGGCUGGAUGGCUUCGACACAGAAGAAGUGGUGGGUGGUGCGGGCACUGUGAGCACACGCUGCGGACUAUCAUUAUGUCGUAUGAAAUCCAGGGACGUUUAAAAAUAAACUCAGGCCGCCAGCGGGUUUGCAUUUCCAUACCCAGUGCCACCCCCGUGGAGGGCCCCAACCGGGAUCUCCUGGGAGCCUCCAAAUUAUCCCCGGGUCUGGUCUUCAGAUUCCCCACCUUACCACUGGGGAAACCGAGGCAGAGAACAUUUAAGUGGUUUGCUUAGGGUAACAGGGCAAGAACAAAGCAGGAGGGCCUUCAGUUUGAUGUGAGAAAGUGUCAUUCUCGGGAGGAGGUGUGUCCGUGAGGGGUGUUUCUCAGGAAACGGAGGACGAGCUCCCGUCAAGGCUUAAGAAGGUCACCCUACUUCAUGCCUCCGGGCAUCCGGGCUGCCCGUCUUGGCUCCCUCGUUAUCUUACCUAGGAAUUCACUUUGCCUGCAGUAUGCACCUCCCACACUGUCCUGCGGGGACCCCGGGAAUGAUUAACUCCCAGGCCUGGCUGUCCCUCUGUCCUGAACACUUUGCAUGCUGUCCGUCUUUCUCCUCUGGAGAUCAAACUCUCUAUCCCUUUCUUGGCUUUCCUUUGAUGCAGGCUUUUCUGGCUGGAAGGAUGUGCUUGUCAGUCGCUGUUCUAAGGACCCACGAAGGUCAUUUCGGUCCAGGCUUCUGGAAAAACGGCGACUUUGGAGGAAGGCAACCCAGCCACCGCCCCUUCCUCCACUUUGUUUCCGUGUUUACAUCACCUCUUUGCAGCAGUUCUGUCCUCUGUGUGAAAAGACGAGCCCUUAUUUUGACAGCUGGGCAGUGUCUUUGAUAUGGGAGAUGUCACUUGGAAAAAAGCGGGGGGUGACAGGAGAUGGGCAGCAGCUGGUCCGCACGGCGGCGGUCCCCGAGCCCAGCUGCGGGCGGCUCUGGCGGGACCGGGGAGGGGGGUGCGCUGGUGUCUGUUUGGGGUUUUGCCAGGUUCCCAGGGCUGCAGCCACCAGGCUCUGAUUUGCUAGAACCAGGAGCUCCCCGCGGCGGGAAGAGGGAAAGAGAAGGAGCGGAGUGAGAGGGGAGGGCAAGUCAGGAGAGGAGCCGGAGCCCGACCCCGAAGCAAAGGUCCUGAGAUUCCCCUGGUGUAACUCUCCAGGAGCCGGGCUGGCUGGGUUGACCAAGAGUCUUUGAUAUGCAAGGAGACCCUGGCCGUCCUCAACCUCUGAGAGCUCAGAAUCAAGCUUGUGCGGCACAGGUUGGGUGUUUAAAUUCCCCACCCCAAGACUUGAGCCACAAAUCCAAGGCAGAAGAACAAGUGUACUUUGGAAGGACAGGAGCUGGACCUGAUGCCCAGCAGGAGGGAGCAGGCUGGAGGCUCAGCGUCUUAACUCUGAGACGUGUCUCCAGGGGCCAAAGACAAAGCAAGAUGGGAACUCCGCCAGCGUUGGAGACCAGAGGUGGUAAUAUGGAUUCGGAGGUCCAGAGUGUCCACGAGGGGGCUGUCCACGGAGAACUCCAGUGGCCAUCAGGACCAGGGAAGGGGUAUGGCAUGAACAAGAAAGGGCUGGGCCUAGGAACGGCAGGGAGGGCUCUGAACGGAGAGAACGGGCUUCUAGACCCGAUUACAUAUCGGAGCAAGUAACAACUACGGUAAAACCGUGGUUCUGGACCCUGAGUGAAGGCAAGAGAGUCUGUGAUCUAGAAAGUUCUCCUGGAGCCCCUGGUUCUGAGCGUUGUCCGCUCAUCAGCAUAUACACUGAGCUCCUCUCACGGCGGGGCAGGGACCGGGGCCCGCGGGACCCAACAGUGUAAGGCCGGUGUGGCCCCCGCUUCUGUGGCAGAACACGUUCGGGGGUGGGGGAGGGGGUCGGCAGGAAGAGCUGGGAUCCACUGGGAUCCGCCGCAGCAGGAAGAGCUGGGAUCCACUGGGAUCCGCCGCAGCAGGAAGAGCUGGGAUCCACUGGGAUCCGCCGCAGAAGCUGGCGUUUCUAACCAGGCCCCUGGACUCACCCCGAGCUAGGACUCCACUGCGAACCCUCCAGGUCACAGUCCGUUUCCUGCCUUCCCCGUGUGGGGCUCAGGAACGCGAGGGACCGCGUGUGCGGCCAGAAGAGCGUCGCUGCUCGGCGGAGAGCACUGGGGUCACGCUCCGGUGCUCCCAGUUUCACGGCGGCCGAAAGCGGGCAGCAACCCGGAGGCCCGGCCGUGGAUGGGGGUAAACAAAAUGGGCCCCCCACACGGCGGAAUAUUAUCAGGCCUUAAAAAGGAAGGGAAUUCUGCUCCCCCCUGGAUGAACCUUGAGGACGUUAUGCUGAUUGAAAAGAGCCGGCCCUGAAAAGACUGACGACAAUGCCUGAUCCUACCCACCUGAGGUUCCCGGAGUCCUCGAAUUCCUCAGAAACAGAAGGAGGGGCGCCGGGGUGGCUCAGUGGGUUAAAGCUUCUGCCUUCGGCUCAGGUCCUGAUCCCAGGGUCUUCGGAUCGAG